ACUGAUACUUGAGUAUCUAAACGGCUGCAUCGCGUGCUCCGCGUGCUCUGAAUUUCUACUUCAUUUUAUAAUUCUAAUAUUUAUUAGCUGUUGAGAUUAUGAUAUCAUGAUAGCUUAGGACCGGUGGAUACUGUACAUACCAAAUGCAGCGUGAGCAUUUUUGUAACUACUUAUCACGGUAUCGGCAAUAAUGUGGAGAUAUUGUUGUUGUGCGCUAUCAAAAACGGCUAGAAUACGCUGAAAUACCUUAUGCUCCUGAUAGCGUGAUUUACAUGACUGUACUACACCUAUCAACGAAAUAAUGAUCAACCGCUAGCGGGGAAAUUUUCCACAGUUGUCUGUUAGAUGCAGUCGAUCCGUAUCAUACGGAUAGGUAUAAUUACAGUAUGUGAUGGCAAAUUCUUGUCCUGUGCUGUCUGUGACGACACUUGCAAAGAUUCCAGAACUGAUUCAUUCGAAAUGGAACAGUGGGAAGAGCAUUACGAUGGCAUCAGAGCACUGCAUUACGGUUGUCAGCCAGGGAGAUCUCUGGUCUAACCCUAGCCUGUUCUUUCUCGAUCUGGCCGCUUCACCCCCUCAAGUGACCCGCAAGGACUUCAAACGAUACCGCAGGCGAGACCGUAUUGUCAGCGCCACUCGCAGUCCAAAUGGCGAGUUUUGUCUUAUUCACGAUGCUGCGAACGUACUGCGGGUGCUCAUCCUGGAAAAAGAGACAGUCAUUGCGUCAUUGGUGGAUUUUGCUAGAUGGAUAGAUUCGAGCUGCGUUGCAUUUCUUACGGAUAAGGAAAUUACCCACAUGGAUGUCGAAAGUUGGAACAUUAACUGGAGUUGUCUACGCAAGGAGGAUGUUGCUGGAACUUACAGCGUCACUGAUUACCCGCUACACCGCUCGAAGAACUGCUCGUUUCUGACAGCGGUUAAGCUUGAUGUGGACCAAGCAAAAGGCCUCGUGGAAGUAUUUCAUAUGGGUGACAUAGCCUCUACAACCUUUUCAGGAUUCGCAGCGGCUUUUGUACCGUCCAUACCGACGUACGGCGGCCAACCUGUUGCUAUUUUAAUCGCCGACACUGCCACCAGCAACAACAACCCCCGCAUACUUCUUAAAUAUCGUUACCUUCGUCAGUCAGCGUACACGUACGACCUUUCGGAUACCAGAAACUCUACUCUUGAAAUUCUAUACCCAGUGGACGCCAAGGAAACAGCGAAGGAUUUUCCAAUUGCCGUAACGGUACAUCCAAAGGAUGAUCAUUUCUUGGCAUUUAUUACCACCAAAAUGGGAUGUGUCCACUUGGUUGACUAUCGGAACAUGUGCCACUUAGCGUCCAAGACGUUAGCCGAUGACGAAAGCACCAUUUGUGUUGUGCAUAGCGCGUCGUCUUCCGGAGGCCUAACUGUCAUUAGCAGUGACGGAAUAGUAUUCGGGGUCAGUCUGUCGUUUGACCAUGUGAUAGCGACUUUGCUAGACAAGAAUCUUCCAACGGAAGCCGGAAAAUACGCCCUGCGGUUAAGUGCUCCAAUGGAGAACGGCACGUUUAUGCGAGUGAUCCAUGUUGUACGGGGCAUGAAGUCGGUCGACUUUGCGACCUUUUGCACCUUUCUCAGGCUGAAUGUAGUGCAUUUAUCGGCGGAACAGGCGGUCGAUGUGUUCGAGUUGGCUGUUGAUACCGUUUCAUCCACACCACAUGACCUUAUGCUUACCGGUCAUCUCGCCAUGAAGUUAAGCGACAAAAUUGGAUUGGAUGUAUUGAUCACCAUGUUUGAGCGCAAAACGCGCAACACGAUCAAAGAUGGUCUGCCUAUGUUUCUGAAGUCCUUGUCGCCGAAAAAGAUGUCGGAAAGCGCUUUGUUGAAACUCGUCAAAAUGGCUCUGCAACAUGGACUCAUACAAAUCCUCGAGUUUCACUUUAUUACAAACCAGAGCAAGAUAUUACACCCGGAGAGCGUAAUAGAUUGUUUGUUGUCCGAAACAGUGGCACCUGGCGUGCAACGUGCCGUGGAAGAACUGGUGGAAAGGCUGUACAUUAGAUACGGUCUCAUCGUCAAACUCGUUACGCACAGAAUACGCAACGGAUGGGGCAGGGUGUAAAACCUGGCAGUGGCAGCUGCCAAUGGCACUGCCAGUGGCAUGGCAUGCGAUAAAAACUGGAGACUCUGGCAACUGGCAAGCGAUAGAAUCUGGUAGAUGCCCCAUAAAAUGUGGCACUACGUAUACUUCUACUGUAUAUCGUAGAAACUGUUGCCAAUAUACAUGCAGUUUUCCUUUAUUGUUUUAACGGUAUUGGCCAUGCACAAAGUUCGCAGGUACGUUCCGGGAUAAAAAAUUUCAAAAGGUCACUAGCAAUUGCCUUUUGCGCAAAGUACCACAGAUACAAUACA